CACAAGUCGAGAUCAUCAUAGCAUUAUCUAAGUAAUUUGUUAACUGCUCCUAAGUCCUAAUUAACAAAUCUUCAUCAUCAUCAUGGUUGCUUUGUUUUCCCCUCCGGUGUUCUCAACCAAGGGAUGGUUCUUAGAAGAAGAGCCAUUAAGCUAUGAUGUGUCUUCAGAUUACUCAUUUCCCUAUCAAUUUUUUGCACCACAGACACAGAUUGAACUUGAAAUAGAAAGGUCCUCUGCACCAUCCCCUGAAGACCCUGCCAUGGUCAAAAAGCUUAGCCACAACGCUAGUGAACGUGAUCGCCGCAAGAAGGUUAAUGACUUGGUUUCUUCACUUCGUUCACUUCUUCCUGGGCCAGAUCAAACGAAAAAAAUGAGCAUUCCAGCUACAGUUUCGCGAGUUUUAAAAUACAUACCUGAGUUACAACAUCAAGUGCAAGCACUAACUAAGAAAAAAGAGGAGCUUCUGUGCAGAAUUUCAAAAAAUCUCAAAGGAGAUUCGGUGAACAAAGAAUCUCAAAGGAGAAUUUCCCAUCACAAUUCUGAUUUUGCUGUUUCAACUAGUAGGCUCAACGAUUGUGAAGCUGUUGUUCACAUUUCCUCUUAUGAGGCUCACAAGGCUCCACUAUCCGACAUCUUGCAAUGUUUAGAAAAUAAUGGCCUUUAUUUGCUAAAUGCUUCUUCCUCUGAAACUUUUGGAGGAAGGGUCUUCUACAACUUGCAUUUCCAGGUGGAAAAAACUCAUAGAUUAGAGUCCGAAAUUCUAACUGAGAAGCUUUUGUCAAUAUAUGAGAAGCAAAGGAUUUUCUAAUCAAACGAUCUUAAGUGCUCUGAUGUUAAAUUUGACACCUAAAAGAGUCUUCACAUAUUUGUCAUGCAUGAAUGGCAAGUUCGGAAAUUAGAAUGGAGUAAUCACAUCACAUGCCGCUUCUAUAUACAUAUGAUUUGGUAAAAAAGCAAGUGGCCGGCAGGAAGGUGCAUGGAUUUUAGGAGGAGUUAAAGAAAAGAAUAUUGUAUAAACAUAAAUGUUACAAUCAGCCUCACGUAGCAAAGUGUGACACCCUCUUUUCUCACAAAUAUAUGUACUAAUAAUGAAAGGAAUAGAAAGUUAGAAUUAAUGAAAAGUUUUAAAACACAUUUAAAUAAAAGCAUUUCAAAAA